CACACAUCAGACUUUCCCCAGUGGAGCUGGAGAUCAAGCUUUGUUGAAAACUGCCUGUUUGCUGCCUUAGAGGGAUUACAGACACUAUAAACACUGUUUCCUCUGCUUUCCUCUACCUGAUCUGGAGCAUAAGCCAGAAUCAUCUGCAGGUGAGAGAGGCUGUCUCAUUGCCUAGCAAAGCUGGAAUAAUCUAUUUCUGUCCUUUAGUCACUUCUUUUCCCUGCUGCUACAGGAAAUCUUUUUUGUUCUUCAGAAGAGAAUGAAACCAAGCUAAACACUGAAAGCGAACAACUGUGAUAUACCACACUUGAGAAGCAGCAGAAUUGCCUGAUUCUUGUGUUAUUUUUGUGUAGCCCAGGACAAUGGUUUUGUCUGCUCCAGUAAUAGCUCUGGGAGCCACUCUGGGGACUGCUACUAGCAUCCUUGCCCUUUGUGGUCUCACCUGCUUUUGCAAAAGCAGGCAACCUAGGAAAGGACUCUCAGGAAAGGACCAAGAUGAGAACCUGGAAAAUGCUAAGCCCAGCGUGCUUCAGCCAGUCCAGCAGUUCAAUAUUAAGAAGACUGCAGAACCUGUCCAGCCUCGGACCCUCCUGCAAUUUCCCAACAUCUAUGGACCAAAGCCAGUAGUGACUUCCCCAGAAGUUGUCAACUACACAGAUUAUGCCUUGAAGACAACUGAAGAACCAACUAAAGGAAAACACACUGUUUUGGAUGAGAACAGGAUGAAGAUACAAGUCAACGAGGAGUUAUUUGUUCUCCCUCAAAAUGUUCCAGGUGUGGUAAAGGAUGUGUGUGUCACAGAGCACCUGAAUCCUGAGAGAGCAGCCAGCUGUAACCAGGUCCCCGAGCUCCACUAUUCCCUUGGCUACGACCGACAGAAAGCUGAGCUGUGUGUGGCAUUUCUGGAGGCUAUGCAUGGAAGUAUGAUAGGGGACCAGGACCCUGGCAGUCACUGCUACAUAUUGGGCACUGUGGUGAGUAAGUCAGGCAUCACCGAAGCCCAGACAGAGCUGAAGAAGAAAGCACUUCACACCAUUUGGGAAGAAGCUCUGCUGUUUCCAGUAGCCGAGGAAGAGAUGCCAGAGGGGACACUGACUCUUACUUUGAGGACCUGUGAUAAGUUCUCUAGGCACAGCAUUGUUGGGGAACUUAAACUGAGCCUGGCUGAGGUGGGGGAACCCUUUGGAACAGCCCAGUGGGAGAAACUGAAGACCCUGGAGAAGGUGCCAUCUACAGGCUAUGGGGAGGUUCUUCUUUCUAUCAGCUAUCUGCCAGCAGCAAACCGGCUGCUAGUUGUGAUCAUAAAGGCCAAGAAUCUCCAUUCCAAACAGUUGAAAGAUCUCCUGGGAAAUGAUGUGUUUGUCAAGGUGACACUGAAGCAUCAGUCUGUGAAGCUGAAGAAGAAGCAGACAAAACAUGCAAAGCACAAAAUCAACCCUGUCUGGAAUGAGAUGAUCAUGUUUGAGGUGCCUCAUGAGCUGUUGCGCGUCUCGACUGUGGAGCUGGAGAUGAUGACCCAGGAGGGCGGAGGGCCGAACCAGUCACUGGGCAAGUGCAGUCUAGGUCUGCAUGCUACCGGCACAGAGAAGAACCACUGGGAAGAGAUGCUGAGGAACCCCAGGAGGCAGAUAGCCAUGUGGCAUCAACUUCACAUGUAGCCAUGCAGUUGUCACUGAGCAACCUGCUGUCAGGUCUUUGAGCCCGAAGGAAUAAGAUGAGUUGUAUUUUGUCUUGCAGGAACGUGAACCACUCCAAUGCACAAAAAAGUGAAUUACAGCACUCUGUGUUACUGACACUGUCUUCUCCCCUUCCCGCCAACAAGAAUACUCUCAAGCUAGAUCAGGGAAAGUCUGGGGAUAAUCCUUCAUUAGUUCCUAGAGAUAGAUGGCCUGGAGCAAGUAAUCUUCUAUCUUCUACAGGGACAGGAUCUCAUGUUGGCAAGUUGAUGGGUAUUGGCAGAUAGGCUGGCAUAGGUGUUCCACUUUCCAGAAGGCUUAAAAAGUAGUUUUAGUUGUCUGUUUAUCUAUGAUAAAUUCUGGUCUUCUCUGUCUUGCUUUCCUUGGAAGACUCUGCCUGACUGAAGACCUAGAAGAUGCAUAGCAAAGAUUUUGCAUAUGGAUAUGGACAUGAAACCUGAUUUAGUAAACAGGGAAGUGAGUUAUAUUCAUAUUGUUCAAAGCACUCUUAUCUUUUUAUAGACAUUUUUAAUCUGAGCAGCUGACAAGCAGGUUAGGAGAAAGCUUCCUUUUUAAAGACUCUCAACACUUCCAUCCUUUCAGUUUAGGGCAAGAGAGCACCCAUGUUGCAUGUCUGAGUCUGCUACAGGGACCUCCAGCAAAACAGGAAACAACUGACCAACAUUUUUAAAGUAAAAAAUAAAUGUGGAAAUUUCUAUUCA